GCAGUCCCCGUCCCAUCAUCAAAUCCCCAAAUCGGCAAUUCCCCUUCCCCGCAGCUAACAGAUCCCCCCUCGAACCAGCUCCCCAAAGCACAGCAGCCAUGUCGGGCCGCGGCAAGGGAGGCAAGGGCCUGGGCAAGGGCGGCGCGAAGCGGCACCGGAAGGUGCUCCGGGACAACAUCCAGGGCAUCACGAAGCCGGCGAUCAGGAGGCUGGCGCGGCGUGGCGGCGUGAAGCGCAUCUCCGGGCUCAUCUACGAGGAGACCCGCGGCGUGCUCAAGAUCUUCCUCGAGAACGUCAUCCGCGACGCCGUCACCUACACGGAGCACGCCCGCCGCAAGACCGUCACCGCCAUGGACGUCGUCUACGCGCUCAAGCGCCAGGGACGCACCCUCUACGGCUUCGGAGGCUGAGCGGCAGGGCGGCCUGCUGGGUUGUGCUAGGAUCUAGGGUUGCGAUGGAGUUCUGCGGUAGCUUAUGCUGUCCUGUUUGUGUAGUAGUAGCUGUGCUGUGUAAUGGGUUCAACUUCGAACUGGAAACAGAUGUGGUUAUUUCUUUCUGAUUAUUACUCCGUACUGUGCUGUACUGUUCGACAACUCAACCAUCUUGAUUUACUGACGAUUUUCUU